CAGCCCGCCAAUCGGCGGCGGCGACGCAGCUGGGGCUGCCGGCAACCAAUCGGCGGGCCGCUUAGUGACCGGAGAGGAGGCGAAGAGGCAAGAUGGAGGCGGCGGGCGAUGAGGCGGCGGCGCCCGGCGGGGAGCUGCGGCAGCCACCCGAGAUGGCCGCCGCGGUGCUGCCGGAACGGCUGCAGCGACGGGAAGCGGAGCGGCAGCAGGGCGUGGAGCGGCAGCGGCAGAAGAAGGAGGCGCAGGUGGUGAAGGAGGAGCAGAGCGAGUUCUUCGUCGCCGCCUUCGCCCGGGAGCGGGAGGCGGUGGAGGCGCUGCUGGCGGCGGGGCCGGUGGAGGCGGCGGCCGCCCGUCUGCAGGGGCUGCGGAAGCUGCUGACCGAGAGCGUGCGGUUCCUGGCGCCCUACGAGGUGCGGCAGGGGCAGGAGGCCGUGGCGAGGCUCCAGGCGGAGCUGGCGGCCCGGCGCCAGCAGCUGCAGCCCAAGAAGAAGUUCGCCUUCCGGGCCCUCAAGAAGGCGGCGGCUCCGGGCAGCGAACCGCGCCCCGCGGAGCCCGCCGCGCCUGCCGCCCCCGCCGCCGCGCCGGCCGCCGGCCUCGCCGAGGGGGAGCCGGCCGGGCCGCCGCUCUGCGGGUUCAGCGGCGCCGAGGACGAGGCGUUGGAGCUCGGCCCCGGCGAGCUGCGGCAGCGCGACGUGGUGCUGGCCGGGCUGCGCGGCUGCCGGGUGCGGCUCCGCGGCAACGCCAACACGCUGCGGGUGCGGGACUGCCGCGGCUGCACCGUGCUCUGCGGGCCCGUCUCCACCUCCGUGCUGGUGGACGGCUGCAGCGAUUGCCUCCUGGCGCUGGCCUGCCAGCAGCUCCGCACCCACCGCACCCGCCGCAGCUGCUUCUACGUGCAGGUGACCAGCCGAGCCGUGAUCGAGGACUGCACCGAGGUCUCCUUCGCCCCCUACACCUGGAGCUACCCCGGCAUCGAGGAGGAUUUCGAGUCUUCUGGGCUGGACAGGAACAGAAACAACUGGAACUUGGUGGAUGACUUUGACUGGCUGGCGACCGACGAGCCUUCGCCCAACUGGAGCCUCAUCCCUGAGCAGGAAAGAGUCAGUUGCUGGGACUGACUGCAGAGGCGGCUCUGUGCUGAGCCAGAAAGCCUGGUGUCAACACCUUCUUGAGUAAUAAACUCGGGGACUUCAUCCCCCAUAUGCCAUUAUAUGAUUCCAUUCGGUAUUUAAAUUGUGAAUUACAAUGUAUGACUGCACUUUUUUUAGUUGAAGAAUACCAGUCAGAUCCAGUUUACUGUGCUUACACAAGUUGCUGCUAUAACCCUUGUGUAUCACUGUGGAAGUUGCCAACUACUGCAGCAUCUCAUUGCUGAGUUUUUCUAAUUAAGGUGGGGCGGGGGGCACCGAUACACAAACAACACUGAGCCUCUGUUAGAGCCGUUGUGCUGCUUUCACUUACCCACGCAGAGUCAGAAUUACCUGCAAGUAGUACAAGCUGUACUGGAAUGGAAAGAUCAGAUACCAAAUUUUUCAUAUUUUUGGGGUUCUCACAUUGCAGACAUAGGGGAGAGGACUUUUGUGAGGUAAUGGAGACAAAAGGUUAAAGUAAUUUGUAACUGAACAGUGUAGCAGACUGAGAUGAAUCGUAGGCUGUGAUGCAAUUACGAGCCAGGUUCUGUUGAUGUGAGUGAAAUCUGUAAGUUGUCUUUAAGCUUUUAUUUCAAUUGAGAAGUCUAAAAGAAAAUCUAAUGAAUAUUUAAUGCUUUCCUAACAUAUUAAUGAUUGUUUGAAAAUUAACAAACCUGUACAGCCUCUAUAAAUACUACAUCUUGACAAUCUGAAAAUAUGUGAAAGGAUGCUUCUUCUGUAAACAGUUUUAACCCGAGAUGAUUAAAAUGAGUGCUUUGAGUGUGCUUUCAGGGGCAUAGAGUAAGUGCUGAUUAACAUUACAGAAGCUAGGUAAACUGUUCUACUGCAGUCUGAAGUUUCAGGUGAGAAGUGUUCAGGUAUGUCCUAGUUGUUUCAUACCUUGACCAGACAGUAGGCUUUGUGGUGCUGUGAUCUGAAUUUGCAGCACCAUGCUACUGCUUAAGUACAGUGUUACAGAGUGGGUCAGGAAAAGGGGAAGAUGAGGUGCUAUAUUCCAGUUCCGGAACGGCAUGUUAUCUUUCAUAAAGUACACUCCUUAACUUGUGAUAUUUUGCAAGAAAUCACUGUUUAUCUUGCCUAAGAACUGGCUUAGAAUUGUAUUUUAAAACUGCAAAAUAGUUAUGCUGCCCUAUCAUCACAUAGGUGCCUCUAACAGAAAGUGAAUACUAGCUGAACCAUUAAAAACAGCAUCAUUGCUAUGAGAAGUACUUGAAGCUUCACUUGAGUACUUGACUGGUUUUGGGGAGAGAAACUUUAAGUUGUUUUCAGCAUAUCUAAUGUAAAAGGGGUGGAAAAAAGGGAAUUUUUACAUAUUCUUUAGAACUUUCAGUUUUGUUUACUUCUGUUAAUGUAUACUUUUUGACCAAAUCAAAUAUUGUGUUUCAAAUAUAUUUGUUUUGAAUUGUU